GUUGACUUUUCUAUGCUAGAUUUUCUCCGGUGAAACGAUGCUCUUUCCCUCUGUUUGCUAGGGCAAAAUCUUCACAAUCUCCGCUUUUCAAUACUUCUUUCUCUUUUCUAUCAACUCUGAUCGAGUCGUUCCAGCUGAGUUUUUGCUUCUCCUCUCUGAGUGUAGGAGAGGUUGUUUGAUGGGUACAUCAUCUGGUUCAAAUAUACACCACCAAUCUUCAUCCAAGAUGCUACCUCCAAGACAGCAACCACGAUCUGGAGGUCUACAAACGUCUCUAUCACUUGUGACUUCAGAUCCCAUGUUGUCCCCUGAUGGGCAAGAACCCAGAUCAAACUCGGACAAUGUUCGUGGGUCGCCAACUGAGAGUGCCAGCUCACGAGAAACUUGGCCUACUGCUGAUGUACUCAUGGCAAAGAAGAUGGAGAACGGGAAGGUAGAGAUCGAUUGCCCUGAACAAUCCGUAAUCCGUCGUGUUUCAAGUGCAGAUAAAAUUUCUCUUCGGGAGGUUGCAAGAGAAAGAGUUGAUGCAAUCUCUGAAAAGAUGCAUCAACUACCUGAUGAGUUUUUGGAAGAGCUAAAGAAUGGGCUCAGGGCUAUUCUUGAAGGAAAUGGAGGUUCACAGCAUAGAGAAGAAUUUUUGACUCUACAAAGACUUGUUCAGAGUAGAACAGAUUUAACCGCUAAGACAUUGAUAAGAGCCCACCGUGUACAGCUGGAAAUCCUUGUUGCAAUAAAUACUGGAAUUCAGGCAUUUCUGCAUCCAAAUAUUAGUCUAUCUCAAACUUCCCUCAUUGAGGUCUUUGUGUACAAGAGAUGCAGAAAUAUAGCAUGUCAAAACCAGCUUCCAGCUGAGGAUUGUACCUGUGAAACAUGCACCAACAGGAAUGGUUUCUGCAAUCUCUGCAUGUGUGUGAUCUGUAACAAGUUUGACUUUGAAGUGAAUACCUGUCGUUGGAUUGGUUGUGAUUUGUGUUCUCAUUGGACUCACACGGAUUGUGCCAUUCGUGAUGGGCAAAUAUGUAUGGGUCCUUCUGUUAAGAGUGGAGCAGCUCCCACUGAGAUGCUUUUCAGGUGCCGGGCUUGCAACCGUACAUCCGAGCUACUGGGCUGGGUAAAAGAUGUAUUUCAACAUUGUGCCCCCGCCUGGGACAGGGAGGCUCUAAUGAGGGAGCUUGAUUUUGUUAGUCGGAUCUUCCGUGGAAGUGAAGAUCAUAGAGGGAGGAAGCUCUUUUGGAAAUGUGAGGAACUUAUUGAAAAAAUGAAGGGUGGAGUUGGGGAAUCUACAGCUUGCAGAGCAAUAUUGAUGUUUUUCCAAGAGCUCGAGGUUGACUCUCCAAAGAGCCUGGAAAAUGGAGAAAGUGGGAGGUUGAUUGCUCCACAAGAGGCAUGCAACCGAAUUGCAGAAGUGGUACAGGAGGCUAUAAGAAAGAUGGAAAUGGUGGCUGAUGAGAAGAUGAGGAUGUUUAAGAAAGCUCGCAUGGCUCUCGACGCCUGUGACAAGGAGCUGGAGGACAAGGCCAGGGAAGUGACUGAACUGAAGCUAGAUAGACAAAAGAAGAAGCUACAGAUAGAGGAGCUGGAGAGGAUUGUGAGGCUUAAACAGGCUGAGGCUGAUAUGUUCCAACUCAAAGCUAAUGAGGCAAAGCGAGAGGCUGACAGGCUCCAGAGGAUUGCUCUUGCCAAGUCAGACAAAUCUGAGGAAGAAUAUGCUAGCAGUUAUCUGAAACUCCGGUUGAGUGAGGCGGAAGCUGAGAAGCAGUAUCUGUUUGAGAAGAUUAAGCUGCAGGAAAGUUCACGUGCUUCACAGAGCGGUGGGGGUGACCCUUCACAGGUGAUGAAUUACAAAAACCAAGAGCAGGUGCUAGGGUACGGCUCCCCUCCGAAGACAGUUGCCCAGCUUAAUGAACUUCACCCUCUUAGAAAAACUCACUGAGGAAUGCUUUGUAUUAUGUUAUAUAAUUAAUUAGGUUUAUGAACUAGGAUCACUUUUUUUAAUGAACAGGUGUGAAUGAGAUGCUAUCCAGCUUCAUUUGAACUGAACUCUGUGGUGUCUUUAACAAGUUAAGAGGAAUCAGUAAAGGCUGGAAUUUUAAGUGAUUCUUUAUGUAGUCGUGUACAAAGAUGUUCGAAAGUGCAUUUGUACUUUGUAAUUUAACUGGAUGAAUCUCCUCUUUUGUGUGGCUUUCUGUUCUUACAUCAUUUGCGCUAAUUUGCAAUAACAGAUUCUUACGUUGUUAACAUGCUUAUGUUUCCUGUGCACAAGUCAUGACUAGACGAGCAUAUGGCUAUAUGCAUAUCGUUUAGUGCAUUGCGAUGCUGCAAACUAAUCUUCACAUGACUAAUGGAAAAAAAGAACUCGUUUUUCAGCACAAUGGGCUGCUUAAUUAUUGUACUUCAUUAGUGCAGUUUCCUAACUGGACAGAGAGAAUGAGUUUAUUGUCGACAUUACAGAAGUUAUGUAGAAUAAGUUUAAUGUUGAAGAUUAGCGUCGUGGAUGGGUCCUCUUCAGGUGAUGAGCAAGAGCAGAUGGAGAAGAUUUUGCACGAGCAUUUUUCUUCAGAGGAACCCUGGACUCUGUUGCAUUGAGAUUGUUGACUAAGUUUAAAGGAAGAUAAAGAUCAGUGUCGAAUGCAACUUCCGAGCUGAUUCCAUGGCACUUGACCAGAGAAUUCACACAUACAUUUGAAGUGACAAUUUUUGCAUUGUUCACAAACAUGCCUGAUUUUCCGCUGUUGGUUAUGCUCAGCAUCCUGCCUGGUAGGCUUGAAGGUACUAAAGUUCCAUUUGGAAAAUGUAGCAUGUUAUUGUACACUAAUGGUGUAGGGAUCGAGUGUCUAAGAAUGAAUUGAUGGAGAAGAUCUGAACGAAGCGGAGAUUCAGAUAAUUUGUUAUCAUUUGGCAUCAGGAAAGUUAUAUGUACGUGUGCUAUGUAUAGAGUUGGAGGUUCCAUUAAGCAUCUUGAGGAAGAUGACAAACCCAUGAUAAGAUUUCGCUCUCAUGUCAGCCAUGGCCACCUGCAAGUCAGUCUGUUUGAUCAUUGUGAUAGUAGAUUGAGAUUCUAAGAUUGCAAGGAGUGGAAAAAGUAUCAAAAACGAAAGCGCCAUUUGGAGUGAGGAAUAUAUUAUUAUUGUUUAGUUGAUGUUUGUGAAAAUAUAUUUGCUACGGAAUUUAUAGAAUAGCUAAUACUUCAAUUCA